GGGGUGCGAAGGUGUCGUUAUUAUCAACAAAAGUAAACUUUUUAGCUUGCUUUUGAAUAGAUAAGUUGAAUGUUAAAAAACUGCGUGAAAAUGAUUGUUAAACAUCAUGUUAAAGGGUGGAACGAGUUUGAAGCUCUUGUUACAAAAUUAGAAACUGAGAAAAAGCCGAUUAAUGUUUUCUUCAGUGGCGAUAAAGAUGAAUCAGGCAAAAGUUGGUGCCCUUAUUGCAAUCAAGCUUAUCCGGUUAUAACAAAAGUUGUUGAAACAGCGCCUCCAGAAAGUCAUUUCAUCACGGUCGAAAUUGAUCGUCCAUUCUGGAAAGACUUAGAAAAUCCAUUCCGAAAGGAUACAAGGACUCAUCUUGUGUUCUUACCGACAUUACUUCGAUGGAAAGGUGCACAACGAUUAGAUGGAUCGCAAGCUGCAAACCCUGAUUUAGUGGAAAUGCUUUUCGAAGAUGAAGAUUAAAGAAAUAAAGUGCAGAAAACAUUUAAGUUUAUUAAAGUUUCAUCUCAUGUUUGGAGUUUUAAAUAAAGUACGCAAUACAAUAAAAAUUAAAAUAUUUAUGGAAUGCUC